UGGGCAGACGCCUCUGUGUUCUCUGGGCUUUUCCAACCUGGGGGUGGAUAAAAGAAAGGUUCUUCCCCAUCUCCAUCCCACCCCCUGCGGUACUCCAGAUCAGGGACAUUGCUAGGUGCGCUCAUCUCGGUCCCUAGCAUUGUGAGAGCCUGGCAUUCAGUAGAAGGAGCUAGCAGGAAGGGGGGAGCAUCGAGGCUUGGGGCCAUUGGUUGUGGGGGUUGUAGAGUGGGCGGGGGAAACUCCUCCCUCGGUCUCUUAGACUUAGGGCAACACAGCUCUUUGCCUACUGCUGCUCCAGUUCCUGUACCUACAGGAGGGCGGACCGGACCGGACCAGACCAGACCAGACCGGGAACUGCCCCGCUGAUUUACUCUCUAAGCGUCUCACUCCGCCCAACGUACCACACUCUUCCAGAGGAAGGUUCCUCAGCUUGUAGCGGAAGGAUAGAGUGGACAAGCUGCAGUUCUCUCCCAAGUCGACCCCGUGGGUGCCCUUCCCCCCCCGAUCUUCCCCGCAGGGUGUCCGGAUUGCAGUUCCAGUGGACACCAGAUCCUGAACUGUGCUUGUCUGGAAAGCAAGAUCCUCAUCUUAGAUAAAAGCCUGCUAUUUUGGCCAACAUUUCCAUGGAAAAAUGAAAAACUAUAACAUCUGUCCAUUUUAACCUUUGUCUGACUAUAACUUUGAGCUUCAAUACAUUUUUUCUGUCUCUCAACCCUCAAAGAUGUCAGACCCUGAUCCUUCAUCUGGACUUGUGGGCAGUAUGGAGAAUGGAACUUUCCUGGAGCUCUUUCCCACCUCUCUUUCCACCUCUGUGGAUUCAUCUUCUGGCCAUUUGUCCAACGUCUACAUUUAUGUUUCAAUAUUUCUAAGCCUUCUAGCAUUUCUGCUCUUACUCUUGAUCAUUGCUCUGCAGAGGCUUAAAAACAUCAUCUCAUCCAGUUCCUCCUACCCUGAGUACCCUAGUGAUGCUGGGAGUUCAUUCACUAACUUGGAAGUCUGUAGCAUCUCCUCUCAGAGAUCUACUUUCUCCAACCUUUCUUCCUGAAGAAAAAUGCAAGAGAACAAUUUGGUGCUGGAAGGGCUUAGUUGCAUGCUAUUUGUUGCCUCUUGGAGGAGGUGACUGUAUGAGGCUAACCUGGAAGAGGUGACUUUUUGAGCUCUUAGACUAACCCUCAUCCUUUAGUCUCAAUUUCCCUUUUAAUUAGCAGCGCUUUUCAUCUCUGAACAUAAUGCUAAAACAAACAGCUUUAAGCAUCUAGGAGUGAUAGAGUUUCACACCUGCCUGGUAGACCUAGAUCUGCCUCUUAGUAAAGGGAUCCAUUAAUUCCAUGGCAUUGGGCAUUUGCAUUCUAAAUUAAAUUCACUUCAUCUGUGUGAUAUUGGACUGUGCUUCUGGACUUCAUCUCUUCUGAGAAACCAUUAGGCCAAUGGCCAAACUUCUGGUGAAAAUUACGCUUUUUUUUGCUAUUGAGAAUUAUUCCAUUUCCCACCUUAUAUAUGAAAGAGCAUUUCCCAUGAAACAAAUAAUUUUAAAGCAAUUUCAGUUUGAAUCUCCUAGGUAGAAUCCUAAAUUUUUGAAUAAAGGCUCCAAAUACUUCAUUUAAGUUUAACAAGUCACAAUUAUAUCUGACCAGGAUUGGGAAGAAAUUAAUAUUAAUAAUAGAGUAAGACAGAGACAACUGUGAGCCAUGCAUCAGAUUCUCAAUAUAUUCAGUCUUUUGGAGUUUUUUCACCCCAGAUCAAAUGCUCCAUAGUUUUGUCAUUCUUUGUGUUGAUAAUUAUUAAUUUCAGACAUAUUCCAGCACAAGUUAAAAAACUGGACUCUUAUUUUAUAUCUAUGAUUUCCUACCAGUGGAACUCAAGCACAUAGAGACUAGACUAAGCAUCAUACCAUAUCAUUGAAAUGUGCUCAUGUAUUCAGUUUCAUACUCUUUACACCUUAAUGUAGAAUUCUGUGAAGAUGACAAGACAUCAGACAUGUUGACUCACGUUAAGUUGAAAGUGUUAGAAACUGAAAUGCGAAAGCUAUAUAUUUCAUUCAAAGCUCUAAUACCUCCUUUUUUCUGUUAUCAUAUGUUCUCUACUCCUGGGAAUUAGAAUUACAGCAUGAGGUCUAAAGUUGACAUUUCUAUAAAUGUAGGUUAUAAUAGUAAGUAAGAGUAGGAUGUGAUGGUCAGACCAGGUAUAGCUAGGAUCCAAGACCUGUUCCUGAGGCCUGCUUGCAUAUGAGCACAGGCCUAAUACAUUAAAGAAAUUAAACUCUCCAAAAAGAUAUCUGGCUCUAGGAGAUUAAGAAUUUUCUGUUUAAAUAAAACAGUACCCACAGCGUAAAAGUAAGACUACCACUACUCAAUACCAUCAGAUGCUUCAUUGCCAAGGACAUGUGUGUACACAUGGCAACCCAAAUGGUCAUUUCUUAUUUAAUGUAUAAUUCUUACAAUUCUAGGCCAAUUCCUGUCCAUUUAAAGAUUUAUGAGACAAAUCUGAAAGGCACCUUUGUAAUAUAGCACAACUAUUUGCUUGAUUGUCUAGUCAAACCUAUUCAGUCACAAGAACAACCCCAAAAAGUGAUCAUUCAAUUCAAGAUUUUUCAUGGCAUAGGACAUACCAUUUAUGUGGGUAAGAACAGGAAACUUAGAGGACUUGUAAAAAUAGAGAGCCAUAAGAUUCUUCAUUUUAAAUAUAGCUAAGGAUAAAUCAGCCCAAUGCCAUCUUUGAUUGACUACAAAUUCGUAACUGGUCUAGGAGUUGUACCUAAUUGUACAUAUCUUAGGUUUUGUGAGCUUGUGCAGAAAGUCCAAUUCAUAAAUUCAUUCAAAAAAUGAAAUAGAGACAUGCUUUUUAUCCAUUGUUGCUGCUUCUCUCCUUUUAUGAAUGCCUCUUAAUUGAAUGAAACACCCAGACAUAUGUGUUUACAAUAUGGCAAUGUCAUCUUUAUGGCAUAGGAUUGUGCAGAUUUCAAAGGGACAGUUUUAGUUACUGAGAAAUAAUAUUAGAAAAAGUGGCUUUUAAUUUUUUCUGGGUCAUUUGAAAGUAAUAUAUGAUGACUUUUUUCUUCUAAAAGAUAUAAAAGUCCUCCAUCAGAAGAGCUAGUCACAGAAGAAGAAGGAAAAAAAAUUCAAAGGAAGUAUUGAAUUGCCACCACACAUCCUAAAAGACCUGAUGGUCCAUUACGCUCAACUUCAUGUGUGAUAAUUAGCAGCAUAUUUGUGUGCAAUUAGUAGAAGAUAAAUUCUAUUUUUUCUCCCCAAAUUUGCCAAGGCACCUGUACAACUUGAGAUGGGUUUGUUUUCAGAGUAUUGGAGGUGUUCAAAAGAGUUGGGAGUUUAAAUGAUAAAUAAAAAAAAAAAUGAAGCCCA